CCCGGCGGCGGCGGCGGCGGCGGCGACGGCCGCAGGAGGCGCCGUCUUCCUCCCAGGUGCGCGCCUCGUUCCAGGAGCGGCGGAACUCGGCGGCCGCCAUGGCGUCCAACAUGGACCGGGAGAUGAUCCUGGCGGAUUUUCAGGCAUGUACUGGCAUUGAAAACAUUGAUGAAGCUAUUACAUUGCUUGAACAAAAUAAUUGGGACUUACUGGCAGCUAUCAAUGGUGUAAUACCCCAGGAAAAUGGCAUUCUACAAAGUGAAUAUGGAGGUGAGACCAUACCAGGACCUGCAUUUGAUCCAGCAAGACAUCCCGCUCCAGCUCCUACUCCCUCUUCUUCAGCAUUUCGACCUGUAAUGCCAUCCAGGCAGAUUGUGGAAAGGCAGCCCCGGAUGCUAGACUUCAGGGUUGAGUACAGAGACAGAAAUGUUGAUGUGGUACUUGAAGACAGCUGUACGGUUGGAGAGAUUAAACAGAUUCUAGAAAAUGAACUUCAGAUACCUGUGUCUAAAAUGCUCUUAAAAGGCUGGAAGACCGGAGAUGUGGAAGACAGUACGGUCUUAAAAUCACUACACUUGCCAAAAAACAACAGUCUUUAUGUCCUUACACCAGACUUGCCACCAUCUUCAUCAUCUAGUCAUGCUGGUGCCCUGCAGGAGUCAUUAAAUCAAAACUUCAUGCUGAUCAUCACCCACCGAGAAGUCCAGCGGGAGUACAACCUGAACUUCUCAGGAAGCAGUACCAUUCAAGAGGUAAAGAGAAAUGUGUAUGACCUUACAAGUAUCCCUGUUCGACAUCAAUUAUGGGAGGGCUGGCCAGCUUCAGCCACAGAUGACUCAAUGUGUCUUGCAGAAUCAGGGCUGUCUUAUCCCUGCCAUCGACUUACAGUAGGAAGAAGAUCUUCACCGUCACAGACCCGGGAACAUUCCGAAGAGCAAAGCACCGAUGUUCAUAUGGUUAGUGAUAGUGAUGGAGAUGACUUUGAAGAUGCUACAGAAUUUGGGGUGGAUGAUGGAGAAGUAUUCGGCAUGGCAUCAUCUGCCCUGAGAAAAUCUCCAAUGAAUGUUAUGUGGUUUGUUUUUUGUGUCUAUUUGUUUUGGUUUUUUUUUGUUUUUGUUUUUUCUUUUGUUUGUUUUUUAGUGCCAGAAAACGCAGAAAAUGAAGGAGAUGCCUUAUUACAAUUUACAGCAGAGUUUUCUUCAAGAUAUGGUGACUGCCAUCCUGUAUUUUUUAUUGGCUCAUUAGAAGCUGCUUUUCAAGAGGCCUUCUUUGUGAAAGCCCGAGAUAGAAAGCUUCUUGCUAUCUACCUCCACCAUGAUGAAAGUGUACUAACCAAUGUGUUCUGCUCACAAAUGCUUUGUGCUGAAUCUAUUGUUUCUUAUCUGAGUCAAAAUUUUAUAACCUGGGCUUGGGAUCUGACAAAGGACGCCAACAGAGCAAGAUUUCUGACGAUGUGUAACAGACAUUUUGGUAGUGUUGUUGCACAAACCAUUCGGACCCAGAAAACAGACCAGUUUCCACUUUUCCUAAUUAUUAUGGGAAAGCGGUCAUCUAACGAAGUGUUAAAUGUGAUCCAAGGUAACACAACAGUGGAUGAGUUAAUGAUGAGACUCAUGGCUGCAAUGGAGAUCUUCACAGCCCAGCAACAGGAAGACAUAAAGGAUGAGGAUGAACGUGAAGCCAGAGAAAAUGUUAAAAGAGAGCAAGAUGAGGCCUAUCGCCUUUCACUUGAGGCUGACAGAGCAAAGAGAGAAGCUCAUGAGAGAGAGAUGGCAGAACAAUUUCGUUUGGAGCAGAUUCGCAAGGAGCAAGAAGAGGAACGUGAGGCCAUCCGGCUUUCUUUAGAGCAAGCCCUGCCUCCAGAGCCAAAGGAAGAAAAUGCCGAGCCAGUGAGCAAACUGCGGAUCCGGACCCCCAGUGGCGAGUUCCUGGAGCGUCGUUUCCUGGCCAGCAAUAAGCUCCAGAUUGUCUUUGAUUUCGUAGCUUCCAAAGGAUUUCCAUGGGAUGAAUUCAAGUUACUGAGCACCUUUCCUAGGAGAGACGUAACUCAGCUGGACCCAAAUAAAUCAUUAUUGGAGGUAAAGUUGUUCCCUCAAGAAACCCUUUUCCUUGAAGCAAAAGAGUAAGCAAAGCCCAGCGGUGGAACCAGCCACUCCUCGACAAGCCAGCGGCCUGCCUCAAGAGAACGGCUCCUCGCCAACCCACCCACACGCUCGUCUCACUCAAUUCAGUGUCACACUUCUGCCUCUUGCAAGAUUGCUGGGAAAAAAAAGUAAUAAUAAACAUACCUACUUAAAAUUUC